CCCGCAGCGAAUCCCGAUAUCUUGGCUUCUGCUUGCCCAUCACCGCGCUGCAAAUUGCAUCUGCCCCGUCUCUGCAAACCAUGUCGCUGCUGCUGAGAAGCUCGAUGUUCACCCUUUGGGGCUACCAGGCCUUCACCAAGGCCGGCUUUCUCCGCGCGAGCAAGUCCUUCGAUCCCAACGAUCUCAAUGUCGAUUUGUCGGGCAAAGUCAUGAUUGUCACAGGAGCCAACUCGGGCCUCGGCAAGGUCACUGCUCUGGAGCUCGCCAAGCGCGGCGCCGAGUUGCAUAUCCUCUGUCGAAGCCCGAACCUUGGAGCCUCCGCCCGGACCGAGCUCAUAGAGCAGUCCAAGAACCAGAACAUCCACCUUCACGUCGUCGACAUCAGCCGCCCGGCCAUGAUCAAGGAGUUUGUUUCCACCUUUCUGAGAUCCAAGGGCGAUGGUGCCCAGCUGCAUGUGCUGGUCAACAACGCCGGAGCCCUGUUUACCGAAAAGACCGUCACUCCCGAUAAGCUCGAUGGAAGCUUCGCCACCAAUACUUUGGGGACAUACUACCUGACCCAGCUCCUGAUUCCCACCCUCGAGAAGACCCCAGGCUCGCGCGUGGUUACUGUUUCCUCCGGUGGCAUGUACAAUGCCCGGCUCGACAUCACGGAUCUGCAAUUCGAGCGCAUGGCCGAAAAGUGGAACGGCGUACUUGCCUAUGCGUACGAUAAGCGUGCGCAAGUCGAGCUGACCGAGCUCUGGGCCGAGCGCCAUCCCAAGAUCCACUUCUUUUCGAUGCAUCCUGGCGUAGACAAGUCUCUCCCCAGCCUCAACAAGUACGUGGGCGACAACCUGAGGACGCCGGAACAGGGCGCCGACUCGAUCGUCUGGGCAGCGUGUGCAAAGAGCGCCCUAUCCAUCCGCAGCGGAGCAUUCAUCUUUGACCGCCAGGAAGCUGUCCAGCAUCUGACUCUGGCAGGCACACAGUGCCCCAAGGACGAUGUUGUCAAGCUGGCCGCCAAGCUCGACGAGAUUGCUGCGUCGUUGGUGUGAUCGAUGUGCCUUGGCGGGGCUGUGUGCCUUUCUCGUUUGCAGGGCAACCCACGCGGCGUGGCCGGGGGGGGGGCUGGGAACAUGGCGUGGUGGUGCAAGUGCUGCUGCGAAUGGGGUGAUCGGACGGCUCGCUUCCCACAGCAGCCAGAAGGCCUGUCAUAUACUUGCGAUAUAAACUCGUGGCCAUGGAG